AAGAAAGGUCUUUUAUUUUCAUUUUGGCCUUUCAUUUUUUAGGACGAAUUAUCAAAGGCUAAAGUCAAAUAGUACUGCACAUACGCAAUUAGGCUUUAUCCAAAAACAAAAAGGAAAAGAUUACAGAUCGUUCCAGAGCUAUGACACUGUUAUUAAAAUUUUCCAAUUUUCCCAAUCAAAAUUCAGUGCUUGAACUCUAAUUUAAGGAUCUGAUGCUCUAUAUUCAGCUAGGGUUUCAAUAUAUUUGAUAGUACAGACUAUAUAAAGUAUAAACUGACACUAGUGUUUAGCCCUGGGGAGUAGAAAUUGUGGAAUUGUGAAUUGUAAUUGCACCGAUUGGAUUAGGUCAAUGUUCCGAAUGGAGAUUGACUCAUCGCCCGAGUCAAAUACGUUCACUUUUCGGGACCGUAUUCUUCAGAGGCUUGACAGUCUUGGAGUUCCUGCAGAGAAUUUGGAACAACUAGAGCCUGGUUUAGUUGCUUAUGUGAAGAGUAAUAAGUCUCAAAUUGGAGAGUUGAUCUCUGCACUUUUGCCUACUAAUGAGGAGGCAAUGGAGGUUAUUACAGAACAACAAAUAGAGUCUCCAAAAUCCACGGGCAGCUCAAGCGUUAAUGUUAAAGAUUUAUUCGGAGAAAGUAUGAAUUGGUUACAGUGGUUGAUGUUUGACGGUGAACCAAGUAGCGCGCUGGAGCAACUGGCAGACACUGGUCAGCGUGGUGUUUGUGGGGCCGUUUGGGGUAACAAUGACAUUGCAUAUCGUUGCCGUACAUGUGAGCAUGAUCCAACAUGUGCAAUUUGUGUUCCAUGUUUCCAGAAUGGGAACCACAAGGACCACGAUUACUCUAUCAUUUAUACAGGUGGGGGUUGCUGCGAUUGUGGAGAUGUUACUGCUUGGAAACGUGAAGGGUUCUGUUCCAAGCAUAAAGGUGCUGAGCAGAUACAACCUCUUCCAGAGGAGUUUGCAAACUCAUUGGGGCCUGUACUUGAUUUAUUACUGUCUUCUUGGAGAAAUAGGCUCCUAUUUCCAGAAAGCAUCUCCGAGCAAAACCCAAGAGAAAAUGAUCAUACUACUGAGCUCAAAACGGUUACAGAUGAGUUGACAUCUGCAGUGGUGGAGAUGCUAUUGAAGUUCUGUAAGCAUAGUGAAAGUUUGCUUAGUUUUAUCUCUAGGAGAGUAUCUUCUUCAGCAGGGUUACUAGAUAUUCUGGUGAGGGCAGAGAGGUUCAUGGUCACUGAAGAAAAUGUCAAGAAGAUUCAUGAAUUGCUAUUGAAAUUGUUGGGUGAACCUCAAUUUAAAUUUGAAUUUGCAAAAGUAUUUAUGAGCUAUUACCCAACUGUUGUGAAUGAGGCAAUAAGGGAAUGUAAUGAUACAGUUUUCAACAAAUAUCCUCUACUAUCAACAUUCUCCGUGCAGAUAUUUACGGUGCCUACUUUGACCCCACGCCUUGUGAAGGAAAUGAAUCUUUUGUCCAUGCUGUUGGGAUGUUUAGGGGACAUACUUGUGUCUUGCGCUGGAGAAGAUGGUAAAUUGCAGGUAAUGCUCUUUGCUUUCAAUUUAUCAAUAAGCAUGAUUUGGAUAAUUAUAUUACAUUAAGGAUCAUUGUUAUUA